GGCAUCUUUCAGGAAGACAGCCCGGAAUAAAAAGCCUACAGCGGCGCAUGAGCGACUUCUGUUAGACCCAGAGAGGAUUUUCCAGGUUUCCUGCCGCUGUUUAAACGGAGGCACAGUCAACAUGCUGAUAAAAGAGUUCCGAAUUGUUCUGCCCGUUUCAGUGGAGGAGUACCAGGUGGGUCAGCUGUACGCAGUAGCAGAGGCCAGUAAAGGUGAGACGGGUGGAGGAGAAGGUGUGGAGGUGUUGGAAAAUAGGCCCUAUGACGAGAACGGAGAGAAGGGGCAGUACACCCACAAGAUCUACCACCUGAAAAGUAAAGUACCAGGUAUAAUCAGUAAGAUUGCCCCAGAAGGUGCACUGGAGGUGCACGAGAAGGCCUGGAAUGCAUAUCCUUACUGUAAAACAGUCCUUACAAAUAAGUACAUGGGAGACAAGUUCAAGAUUGUAAUCGAGACGUGGCAUAAGCCUGAUAUGGGGGAUCAGGAGAACGUGCACGGACUGGACGGGAGCCAGUGGAAAAACGUGGAAGUAGUUGACAUUGAUAUUGGUGACAGAAGUUGCAUAAAUACAAAGGACUACAACCCAGAUCUCGAUCCGGCCACCUUUAAGUCAAAGAAGACGGGUAGAGGGCCUUUGGGACCAGGCUGGAAGAAAGAACUCGCCAACAACCCCGACUGUCCACACAUGUGUGCUUAUAAACUAGUCAGUGUUGAAUUUAAGAAGUGGGGACUGCAGACCGCUGUGGAAUCACACAUUCAAAGAAUUGAGAAGCGCAUUUUCACCCACUUCCACAGACAGCUGUUCUGCUGGAUCGAUAAAUGGAUCGAUCUGUCGAUGGAUGACAUAAGACACAUGGAGGACAAGACGAAAGAGGAGCUGGAUGAGAUGAGGAGCAGUGAUCCAGUUAAAGGCAUGGGGACUGACUAACUCAAUCACGCUCGGAGACAGGAGGACUUGACUUCAUUCAGGAGGCUCGGAGUCCUCCGCUCGGACACUGGACCUGGAACAGCUUGAUAGGCAUAAUUUUGAAUACCACACUAUAGAUCCUAAUAAGAUUUGCUCUUAAUAAGAGCACAUUAUUGUAAAGCAAUUGUGUGUAUUUAUCUACUACAUGUGAAUACAACCACAGCAGCUUUUAGUUUUUUUGUUGUUAAGGGAUAAGUUUAUCAGUUUGGGAAUCUGUUCUGAGGAUGAAGCAUUUUUGCUUAUGCCUGUUUAGUUAUCUUAAAUUUUAAGACAUUAGGGAAAAUGCUAUGGGUUUUUUUUCUUAGAGGAAAUAUUUCAGAUUACUGUUAUCCUUUUUAAUUGCAGUUAUUUGUCUCUUGAUUUUGUAUAUUCCAUUUCUCAGUGAUUUAUAGUUAUUUUGUCU